AUGUCCGAGCCGAGGACCAGGAGAACUCCCUCUGCCUUGUCUUCUCUCCCAUCCUUCUUCUCCCCAUUUCUAUCCCUCCUCCUCUCCCUCUGCCUCUCCAUUUCCCUUGAUCCGGCCUCCUCAUCGGCACAGCAGACUGUGCCUGUCAUCUCCACGGCGCAUGGCCGCAUCCGUGGCAUCCUGACCCCACUGCCCUCUGACCUCCUGGGGCCAGUCAUCCAGUACCUGGGAGUACCAUAUGCAAGGCCCCCAACAGCGGACCGGCGCUUCCAGCCGCCCGAGCCUCCUUUGCCCUGGCCAGGAAUACGAAAUGUGACGCAGUUCGCUCCCGUGUGCCCGCAAUCGCUGGAUGAGAGGAGCAUGCUGGGAGAUAUGAUGCCUUCCUGGCUCACAGCUAACCUGGAUAUAGCGGCGACGUACCUCACUCACCAGAGUGAGGAUUGUCUCUACCUCAAUAUCUACGUGCCCACUGAGGAAGACAUCCAUGAGGAGGGGGGUCAGCGGCCAGUGAUGGUCUACGUCCACGGGGGCUCGUACACAGAAGGCACUGGCAACAUGAUGGAUGGCAGCGUGCUGGCAAGCUACGGAAACGUCAUUGUCAUAACCCUCAACUAUCGCCUAGGAGUACUGGGAUUUCUCAGUACAGGUGACCAGGCAGCAAAAGGGAACUACGGCUUGCUGGAUCAGAUCCAGGCUUUGCGCUGGGUGAAGGAGAACAUUGCAGCCUUCGGAGGAGACCCAAGCAGGGUCACUGUGUUUGGAUCCGGGGCUGGGGCCUCGUGUGUCAGCCUGCUCACCUUGUCUCACUACUCUGAGGACCUGUUCCAUAGAGCUAUCAUCCAGAGCGGUAGUGCUUUAGCCAGUUGGGCUGUCAACUACCAGCCCAGCAAGUACGCCCGUCAGCUUGGUGAGAGGGUGGGCUGCGGCAUCGAUGACAGCACUCAACUGGUCGCCUGCCUUCAGGGCCGGAGUUACCGCGAACUUGUGGAGCAGAGCAUAACGCCGGCCAAAUAUCACACAGCUUUUGCCCCGGUGAUUGAUGGUGAUGUUAUACCUGAUGACCCCCAGAUUCUGAUGGAGCAGGGAGAGUUUCUGAACUACGACGUGAUGCUGGGGGUUAAUCAGGGCGAGGGCGUGAAGUUUGUAGAGGGCAUUGUGGACUCAGAAGACGGUGUCACGGCUGAGGACUUUGACUUUGCAGUGUCAGACUUUGUGGAUAGUUUGUAUGGAUACCCAGAAGGCCGAGAUACAUUGAGAGAGAGCAUAAGGUUCAUGUACACGGACUGGGCGGACCGGGACAAUGCAGAAACUCGGCGGAAGACUCUGGUAGCGCUAUUCACAGACCACCAAUGGGUGGCGCCAGCAAUCGCCACAGCUGACCUCCACGCUCAGUAUGGAUCCCCCACAUACUUCUACUCCUUUUACCACCACUGCCAGAGUGACGCCACGCCGCCCUGGGCUGACUCUGCCCAUGGUGACGAGGUGCCCUACGUGUUCGGUGUGCCCAUGGUGGGACCCACUGAUUUGUUCAACUGUAACUUCUCCAAGAACGAUGUGAUGCUGAGCGCUGUUGUAAUGACUUACUGGACCAACUUUGCCAAGACUGGAGACCCAAACCAGCCGGUUCCUCAAGAUACCAAGUUCAUCCACACUAAACCUAACCGUUUUGAAGAAGUGGCCUGGUCUAAGUACACCCCUAAAGAGCAGCUGUACCUCCACAUUGGCCUGAAGCCGCGUGUCAGAGACCACUACCGUGCCACCAAAAUCUCCUUCUGGCUCCAGCUGGUCCCUCACUUGCAUCAUGUCAACGAGCUCCUCCAAUCAGUGUCCUCCUUCACCCAUAGUCCCUCUCCACAGGAUGACACUCCUUAUUCUUACACCAAGCGUCUAGCCAAAGGUUGGCCGCCUAGUAGUACACGUCACCCAGGUUCACAAGCAGGUACUCCACAGCCGCCAGAGUCUGCUUUAGGCCAAGGUGGAGGGGAAGACGGGGUCCGUGUCCCUAAUGAGGACUACUCAACUGAACUCUCAGUGACGAUUGCGGUGGGAGCGUCACUGUUAUUUCUUAACAUCCUUGCGUUCGCGGCCUUGCUGUACAAGAAAGACAAGAGGCGUCUGGAGCAUCGUCGGCCACGUCCACUUCCUCCCCCGAGACGAGACAUCACACCUGCAGAUGUUGCGGCCCACCUGCAGGGGGAGGGACUGAUGUCUUUACAGGUGAAACAGCUAGAGUGUGAUGCGGCAUCGGCAGACGAGAGGAACAACACUCACCACCAUCACACUCUGGAUACGCUGGACGCCCUGGACGGCAUGGACACCCAGGACAUCUACAGCACACUGGACACCGUGCGCCUUACCUGCCCGCCAGACUACACCCUCACCCUGCGCCGCUCGCCUGACGACGUCCCCCUCAUGACCUCUCUGACCCCAGGAUCACUGCCUGUGACUCCUGGAUCACACCCUGUUACCCCGGCAACGCCGAUGACCCCCAUGACGCCUGGAUCAGUGGUGGGGAUGAGGAUGGGCCAUCCGCACCAGGGAUACACACACCAUAGCCCAUAUAGUAAUACACACUUGCCACACACACACAUCUCCACGCACACACACUCCACCACGCGUGUAUAACCGCAGCAAGAUUCUUGCACACACAGGGACAUGAUUACAACACAAACAUACUAAAACACACACACACACACACACACACACACACACACACACACACACACACACACACACACACACACACACACACACACACACACACACACACACACACACACACACACACAGAGAACAAAGGACUUAAAUACCUCUACUAAUUACCCUGCAGGAUUGUUACAGAUGGAGUGACAGAAAGACAUUUUCAGUAACAGGAUGAAAAGACAGACAGCUGUGUGUUGCACGUUGGGGAAUUGAAGACAAACUGGAUCCCUGGAGGUGCAGUUCUAUGCAUCAUUCGCUCAUAACCUUGAACAAGAUGAGCCAAGACAUCCAACAAAUGUCUCCCUGCUUUGGAUAUUAAAACUUAUGCUUUUUCUACACCUGAGGAGGAAGAGGAGGAGCGCUGUGGCAAAAGGGUCAGUUAUGGAUCAGUUUACAUCUCCUACUGUACCUGUGCUGCACAGUGAAGCAGUGCUGAGACUGAGCAGAUGCAGAACUGAGCUAAGAAGUACUACACACACAGACUGCUGAUGUCAACUUGAACAACCUGUGAAAUGUGAAUGUAGCAUUUUUUUUUCAUUAAAAGAUCAAAGGUCCUAUCUGCCAAGGAUCAAACUAAGCUGAGGAGAAUAUAACAACAUUUCAGCAAAGAGAUGGAUGUAAAGACAGGCAGAGAGGAAGAGGGGAUUAAAAAAACAUCAUUAGCUGAAGGAAAAGCUGGUCAGAUGGUGUGAAAGAGAUUAAGAUUUUAUUGCGAGGGAUUUAACAGUUGUGAGAGCGAGAAAGACAAAGUGAGAUAGAGUGAUAUGGAAAACACAGGAAAGUGUGCCAAGAGAAAGAAAUUAGCUUCAGAAGAUGAAAGGGCCUCUGAAGUGUUGUCAGACUUACUGAAGAAUCACUUUAACCAGCUAUGUGUUAAACUCUUGUAAAUAGACUGAAAAGAUACAGAUUAUAUAAUAUGAUUUAUAGCAUUUACCUGCUCUUGCAUUCAAACAUGACUUAUUUAACCACAUUAUUGCUUUCAUUUCAUAUAUUACUAUAUUAUUGUAUAGGUGUCCUGAAGCAAGGCUGGUUGUCUUUCUAUCUCACCCACUGUAGUAUGUACACAGUACCUUUAUUUAAAGGAUAUAUUUGCUAUGCACAGUCAUUUCAAUAAUUCUUAACUGUGUAAACAUCUCGAUACCUGUAUAGUAGCUGAAGAAUAGGACAUUUUCACACCAUCCUGUCUAGUUGUUUGACCAUCGGAUGAUGAGCUAGUACUGUGUAGAUAAUGCAAAAUUGGUUUGAUGAUUGAGCACCAGCCAAAAACCAUGACCCUUAACCCUUUAAUCCUAAUCCCUUCCCGUUCUCCUUUCCCCCCUUGUUCCUAACAUUUCUCUUAAAGGCCUUACACUUAAUUGCUAAUAAACCCAACCUUGAUUAAUGUGUUUGCAGACAGACAGGUGGUGAUGAUUCAGGGGGUCCCACGUCAUAGCGUGUCCCAAAAAUACAAAUAAUGCUUUCUCGUAUUUGUCUGUACAUUUCACACCUUACCAGGGGCCCCAGUAUUUCUUGAAGCCAGCUUGAACUACCUAAUGCUGACUGAAACUAGCAAUGUUGCCUGGUUGACACCAGACCCACUCUCAGUUGUAACUGAGAGUGGGUCUGGGGAAUGUUCAUUCACAGCUCAUUUCCAAAGGGGGCGUCACCAACGGACGCCGCUCAAAUGCCUC